AUGGAUGGGCGCAGACAUUCUGUUGAUAUACCUAUCACAAGAACCCUUAUAGCACUUAGGAGAGUGAGGUCAUUAAGGGAUCCUUCUACUAAUUCGAUGAGCAAAUUCUCUUCUUUUUUUGACAAUGUCAAGUGGGAAACCAAUUCGAGCAAUGGGAUUUCUUUGCAAUUUGUGAAUGGUUGCCCAGAAGUUGGUUCCGACCAUAAUGAACUUCGAGGUCCGGAAGGUUUAGGAUUUGAUGGACGAAGAAAGGAGCAAGGUUAUGAUUUUGGGUUGCAUUCUGUUCCAGAAAAUUCUAACUCUAAGUUGAUCACAUGUGAGAAUGUGGAACAGGUCGGGAACAUGACUGCUUCUCCUGUUAGGGACAAGCUGGUAAGUGAGUUGGGUGAUUUUAAGGAUUAUGGAUUAAACAUGGAAGAGGUCCACAGAAACAGACCGUUGGGUGAAAGAUAUUACAGCAAUUUCAAGGAAAAUGGUAUGAAAAUGACAUGCAUGACUUCUAGUUGUAAUUCUGUGGAGGAUGUAGAUUCAUGCAAUGGACCAAUUGUAGGAUCCUCACCAAUGGAGAGAGUUAAUCACUGCGCUCCAAAACAGAAAUCUCAAUCUCGGAAUCAAGUGAAGUUAUACGAGACAAAUGGUGAUGUGGCAAGCCGUGUUGGAAGCCCAUGCCCAUCUAUUGAUGUUGUUUCGAAUCGUAAUACCUCAUUAUACGUGGAUGAAGAUGUUGACAUUGCUGAUAGCAACCACCGUGGAUGUGGGAUAAGCUACUGUUGGUCAAAAACUCCAAGACUGAGAGAAUCAAAUCCUUCCACUGAUUUUGAAGACCUCCCUUUGUUGUCUGGUGAUACGGGUGAGACAACUCUUUGUGGACAGAGCUUCUGGAAAUGCAUUAAUGGUGAAAUUAAUCCGUAUUCAGACACUCCUAGGAGCUUAAGUCAAAAAUUCAGGCCAAAAUCUUUUGAUGAAUUGGUAGGACAAAAUGUUGUUGUGAGGUCUCUUUUGAGUGCCAUCUCUAAGGGAAGAGUAACCUCUUUCUACCUUUUCCAUGGUCCUCGUGGUACGGGCAAGACCUCUGCCUCAAGGAUUUUUGCUGCUGCUUUAAAUUGCCUCUCGCUAGAGGAGCAUAAGCCAUGCGGUCGAUGUCGAGAAUGCAUUUUGUUCUUUUCUGGCAGGAGCAGAGAUGUCAAGGAGGUUGAUUCUUUGAGAAUCAAUCGCAUGGACAGGUUGAGGUCCCUUGUUAAGAAUGCAGUUGUUCCUCCAGUUUCGUCACGAUUUAAGAUUUUCGUAAUCGAUGAGUGCCAGUUGCUGAACGUUGAGACAUGGGCAACUGUUUUAAACAGCCUAGAAAAACUUUCCCAGCACAUUGUUUUUGUUAUGACUACUCCCGAACUUGAUAUGCUGCCAAGAAGUGCAGUUUCUCGGUCCCAAAAGUAUCACUUUCCAAAGAUAAAAGAUUCUGAUAUUUCAAACAGGUUGGAGACAAUCUGUGUUGAAGAAGGUCUUGACUAUGAUCAGGUUGCUUUAGACUUCAUUGCUGCUAAAUCCAAUGGUUCACUAAGGGAUGCAGAGAUGAUGCUUGAUCAGUUGAGUUUGCUUGGUAAAAAGAUCACAAUGUCCUUGACCUAUGAGCUUAUUGGAACUGUUUCUGAUGAUGAAUUGCUUGAUUUGCUGGAUCUGGCUUUAUCUUGUGACACUUCAAAUACAGUAAUAAGGGCCAGGGAGCUCAUGAGAUCAAAAAUUGAUCCUAUGCAACUUAUAUCACAGCUAGCAAAUCUCAUUAUGGACAUUCUUGCGGGUAAAUGUGAGGAAGGUAGUUCCGAAGCCAGAAGAAAGUUUUCCAGAAAGCAUACUUCCGAAGUGGACCUACAGAAGUUGACUCAUGCACUGAGAACACUUUCUGAAACGGAGAAGCAUUUGAGAAUGUCCAAGAAUCAAACAACUUGGCUCACUGUUGCUCUUUUGCAACUAAGCUCUAUGGAAUCUAAUUUUCUGGAGACGAAUGAUUCGAAAUUAUGUUCAGCAAAUACUCAACACAAAGAAGGUGAUUCUAAGAGCACAUCAUCCACUGGGGAGAGGUCAAAUCAUCCCUUCACUUGUAUAUGUAAUGGCAAUAACUCCUCUAAAUCGGGGAAACAGGAUGAUUCUGAGAGAAGGCUGGAAUCUACAUGGAAGAGAGCAACAGAAUUAUGCCAAUCCAGUUCACUUAAGAAAUUUCUGAGGAAACAAGGGAAGUUGUCUUCUCUUUGUGUUAAUCAAGGUAUGGCUAUUGCUGAACUAGAAUUCGGCCAUCCUAGACAUGUAUCUAGGGCUGAAAAAUCAUGGAAACAUAUUGCAAGUUCACUUCAGUUGAUAGUGGGCUGUAAUGUGGAGAUUCGGAUUAAUCCUUCUGUUACUGAUCCAGUCUCCAAGUGUGUAAAACUAAGAAAACCAUCUUUUAGUUUGUUUAGUUGUCUGCGCAGGCUACAUCUGAAGUCAAGAUCAUCUACAAGGAGUGGAAGUGAUACUGAGGUAUCACAGUAUGCCUCUGAAAAACCUAUGAUAAGUGAGGGACCUAUUUUAACUUAUUACACAGAUCAUGGGUUUGAAAUACCUCACAACUGUUCUCAUGGAAGGGAAGUUGUUAGGGCUUUCAGAAAUAGUGAUGGAAACAUUCUGAGUACAGGGGCAACCCCAUCUUGUGGAUCAUUACGAGACGAUACAUCUCUGACUCUUGCAUAUGGAGUUGAUUCUUCAAAAAGAGAAGGAAGGGACUGUGAAUGCCAGAUUCUUUCUGGUCAAGAGCAGCCUGAUUAUAAGCCAAAUUGUUUCCCUAGAGCAUUGAGGCCUCAGAAGAAGGUGCAUUUGUCAGAGAGUGCUAAAAUGAUUUCUGCGAGUAACCUAGAAGAAAACAAACUUGCUUUAUCUAUUCCGGGGAUGUCAUCUUUUGAAAAACCCCUCUGUUCCAAUGACUCCUAUGUUUUCUACUGCUCUGACAAUGAGGACAUAUUGAGGGAGAACUCUACGGUACGUUGUUGGAGAACCCCAACAUUUUCCUUAAAUAAGGCUUGGCAGCUGACUCGUCAACAUCGCAGAACACACUUGGUAGAUUGGCUUCUUCCUUGCUCCACUGCCAAGUAGCUCCCCGCCAUAUAUGGCAUUGCAGCAAGUUUGUAGAGGCUUACACAUUUUUGUAAGUAUAUAAAUA